AUGGGAUUCAGUCGACGGUCUAAUCUGCCCGACGAGAGUGAAGAUGAUGUGCGUCAGCCUCUCCUGGGUUCACAGGAGCCGCCAUCUUCAUCCUCCUGGUGGCAUGACAAGCGAGAAUCGGCUCGCGAGGUGUGGGCGCAGGGCAAAGGCAUGAUUCUCGUGAUGAUGUCGCAGUUCUUCGGGGCGUCGAUGAAUACGAUGACCAAAUUGCUGGAGAACCAGGGACGCAAUGGCGAAGGGCUGAGUCCGUUCCAGAUUCUCUUCGCACGCAUGUCCAUCACCGUGCUGGCCAGCUACCUCUACAUGUGGUAUGCCAAUGUGCCGCAUCCCCUCGGCACCCGAUCCGAACUGGGCUUGCUGCUACUGCGCGCCGCCGGGGGCUUCUGGGGCGUCUACGGGCUCUACUACUCGGUGCAGUACCUGCCGCUCUCCGAGGCCACCGUCCUGACCUUCCUGGCGCCCAUCCUGAGCUGUUACGCCUGCUCCCUGUACAUGCCUAACGAAACGUUCACGCGCAAGCAGCAAUUGGCGGCGCUGGUGUCGCUGGUCGGCGUCGUCCUGAUUGCGCGGCCCUUCUCGCACGCCAGCUCGGACCCGGACUCGGUCGACAAGAUGCAUCGGUCCCUGGCGAUCGCGAUGGCGCUGGUGGGCGUGCUGGGCGCCUCGUGUGCCUACUCGGCCAUCCGCAUGAUCGGCCAGCGCUGCCAUCCGCUGGUGUCUGUCACGUACUUCUCGACCUUCACGACCAUAGUGUCGUUCGUAGCCAUGCUGGUGAUCCCCUCGGUGCCGCUGGAGUUGCCGGGCACCGUGACGGAAUGGACCUUGCUGGCGGGCCUGGGGGUCUGCGGAUUUCUCCUGCAGUUCCUGCUGACGGCCGGGUUGUCGUACGUGCCACCGGCGCCGCGACGGUCGACCACGAAAGGGGGUCGUCGUACUACUACUAGCCCGUACGGUAGCGACGAGCAUAACGGAAAUGAGGAUGAUGAUGUGGAUCAGCCACGUAAGCCGUCGUCUUCCGGGUCGCGCGCUACCUCGAUGCUCUACACGCAGAUGCUCUUUGCGUUAUUUUAUGAUGGCGUGGUCUGGAAUAAUACGCUGUCGGCCGUGAGCUGGUUGGGAUCGGGAUUGAUCCUGGUCAGCGCCAUCUAUGUGGCCAUGGCGCGGGAGACCCGGUCCGAUGGAGGUGCAGCAGCUGUGGCGUCCAAAGAGACGGACGAGCCGAACGAGGGGCGCUCAGACGUAGUAGACGACGAUCCUGGGCGACGUCAUGGGGGAAGAACUCCUGGAGGAAGGCGGGGGAGCAACGAUGCAUGA